AUGGCCGGCGGGCCGAGGGCCGAGGGGCCAGGGGCCGGUGCGGGGGCGCGGGGCCCGGGGCCGGGGCAGGCCGGCGCUUAUCGAUUCGCGCCCGCGCGACACACUCGUCCGGCGCUGCGGGCGGGGGCUGAAAAAUGUGAAGGGGCGCUGAUUGGCCGCCCGGCGCCCCGCCCCCCGCUACAGCCUCCGGCCGCAGCCUCGCUCGCCGGCCUCAGUUCAAGGGCGGUUGUCGCGCAGCGCGCCGAUUUGUUUGGGUUCAUCUAUUUAUAA